AUGGGCCGAAGUGAUGAGCCAAUGGCGAUUAAGACGAAGUUGGGAUGGGUUAUCUUCGGGAUGGACACCAAACUUCGCGAAGCCUCCGAACAUUUUCUGAUGAUCCACUACGAGGAAAAUGCCAUGAAUAGCAUGAUGCGAAGCUACUUCAGUACCGAAGACUUUGGAGUGAAACCAGUAGCAACAAUAAAGUCGAGCGAGAUGGAACGUGCCGAGAAAAUCAUUGCCAACACCCUGGUGAAAUCACAGGGACGUUACGAGAUAGGUCUAUUAUGGAAGACCGACGAAGUGAAGUUUCCGGACAGCUACCAAGCUGCUUUACGACGUCUAGAGAGUCAGGAAAAGCAGCUGAAAAGGAACCCUGAAAUGCAGACUUGGUUGUGUGAAACCUUCAAGGAGUACGAGAAGAAGGGAUAUGUAAGAAAGCUCUCACGGGAAGAAGCAGCACUGCACGGGCCGCGUACCUUUUAUUUGCCGCACUUCGUGGUCGUGAAUAAAAACAAGCCGGUGCUUAAACCGAGGCUAGUGUUCGACGCUGCCGCAAGGGUUAAGGACGUUUCCUUAAACUCCCAGCUCCUCACUGGACCUGACGAAGUGCCGUCACUGUUCGGCAUACUGUUGAGAUUCCGUGAAGGGAAUAUCUGCGUUAGUGGAGACAUCAAGGAGAUGUUCCACCAAGUGAAAAUAAGGAAGGAGGACCAGGACGCACAGCGCAUACUGUGGCGUGAAGGAAACGCAGCUCGGCGGCCGGAUACGUAUGUCAUGCAGGUCAUGACGUUUGGUGCAACGUGCUCGCCAUCAUGUGCUCAAGCGGUAAAAAAUCGAAACGCCGAAGAGCAUCAACUUACUCACCCGCUGGCCCUUAGACCGCUUAUCACUCGUCAGCAUUAUGUGGACGACUACUUGGACAGCUUUUUCUCGCUGGAAGAAGCUAUCGAAACGGUGGAACAGGUGAGAAAGGUUCACGCGAUGGGUGGAUUCCUCAUAAGGAAUUUUGUGUCGAAUAAUUCAAAGUUGAGACAAACAAUACCGGAAGAACAUCAACUCCACCAAAGUCUAGUGGACAUCAAGGAAAAAAACCAAUGCGUCGAAAAAAUAUUGGGUGUGCAGUGGAAUACGCAGCUGGACACGUUUGGUUAUAGAGUGAAUAUAGCAAGAGCUCGCACCGAUGUCGGCGGAGAACUACCCACCAAACGAGAGGUGUUGAGUUUCGUCAUGUGUAUAUAUGAUCCCCUCGGUCUCAUCAGCCACCUUACAAUUCAAGGGAGGAUUAUCAUGCAAGCUGUCCACAUAGCCGUUGAGGACUGGGACGCAAAGAUUCCCGACAAUCUCGCAGCAAAAUGGCAUGAAUGGACGACAACCAUCAGUGAAGCAAAGGAUCUAGCCAUUCCUAGACCAAUCAUCGCGGCAGGAAAUGCGCCGAUCGAUAUCCACACCUUUGUGGACGCAUCCCUAGAUGCAUUUGCAGCAUGCGUGUACGCAAGAAGCUGCUUUAAAGGGUGCUAUGUCGUGAGGCUUGUCGCUGACAAGGCUCGAGUGGCUCCAAUCCAUGCACUAACGAUUCCAAAGCUCGAGUUGCAAGCCGCCAUUUUGGGAGCGAGGCUCACCGAAACCGUUGCAAAAGAGCUCAGACUGCCAAUCCACCGCACCACGUUCUGGACUGAUUCACGAACAGUAUUGUCGUGGAUCAAUAGCGAGCAUCGGAAAUUCAAACAAUUUGUGGCGCACCGAGUAAGCGAAAUUUUGGACACGAGCAGCGCCAGCCAAUGGAGGUGGGUCCCUUCAAAGGAAAAUCCAGCCGAUGCCGCCACCAAGGUAACCAACGCAAGCAUGUGGUUUAAUGGUCCAGCAUUUCUAUUAUCAAAAGAGUGUGAUUGGCCCGAGCAGCAGCCUGUCUCAGACACAGAGGAGGAGAAGCGUGUCGCCGCAAAUCUAGUGCUUCACCAUCACGAGACAGUGGUUCCCGAGCUAAAUUAUUCAACAUGGGAACGCCUGCUUCGCCAUCACACAUUUUUAAAGAAAUUUGUGGAUUUUUUGAAAGACCGGAAGGCGUUCAACAAGAUGAUUGGACGCGAGGACGUAGAACACGCCAAAUACGCCUUGUUACGCAAGGCGCAAUGGGAAGGGUUCCCGGAUGAAAUGGAGGCCCUAACGAGGGGGCAGGAAAUAUCCAGCAAGAGCAGUAUCAAAACAUUGUUGCCUUAUUUAGAUCAGCACAAUCUCCUGAGGUCGCGAAGCCGUUUAGAGAACGCAACGGCGCUACCAAAAAGCGCGCGCUCACCAAUACUUCUGCCGCAAAAACCGCGCAUCGUGAAGCUUCUCGUGCGGAACUACCACGAGAAGUAUCAUCAUCAGGCCGACAAUGUCGUAAUCGGUACCUUGCGACAAACCUACUGGAUCGUGCAGCUGCGGAACGUUUUGAAAGCUGUUAAAGGUUGCUGCCAGAGAUGUAUCCUCAACACCGCUACCCCGCAAACCCCUUUGAUGGCACCCCUGCCAUCUUUCAGGACACACCCUCACAAUCCGCCAUUCCUACACUCGGGAGUGGAUUAUUUUGGGCCCCUCGACGUUACCGUGAAGCGGUCCAUCGAGAAACGAUGGGGGGCAAUAUUCACUUGCAUGAGCACGCGGGCCGUACACAUCGAACUGGCCGAGAAGUUGGACGUCGAUAGCUUCUUAAUAUGCCUGAAGAAUUUCACGAACCGACGAGGCAAGAUCACCCACUUAUACAGCGACAACGGGACCAACUUCAUAGGCGCGGAUAGGCUGAUGAAGAAGUUGGUGGAAGAGAUCGGAGAGAGAAUGGGAAGAGAAGCCGCCCUGAGACACCAGAUUGAAUGGAAAUUCAAUCCGCCGUCCGCUCCCCACUUCGGAGGAUCGUGGGAGCGGCUUAUUCAAAUAGUGAAGAAAGCGCUACACCACAUGGCGACUGAGUGGAAGACGCGACACCCCUACCCGGAAACGUUGCGAGCGGCGUUAAUAGAGAUAGAGGCUAUGAUCAAUGCGCGGCCAUUGACGCACAUACCAUUGUCUAACGAGGAAGACGAGGUUCUAACGCCGUUCCACUUCCUUAUUGGACGAGGCGUUGAGAGCCUGCCGCCGGACAGUCUGGACACAUCCUAUGUAUCCAGGCAGCAGUUUAAAGUGGCCCAGCAUAACGCCAAGGUUUUCUGGGAUCGCUGGAAGAAGGAGUAUCUGCCUACACUCAUCAAGCGGAACAAGUGGACCAACAAGGCAGAACCAGUGAAGGUGGGCGAUGUAGUGGUGCUCACGAACGACAACGCACUCGCGGGACAAUGGCUGAAGAGCAAGGUGCUGGAAGUGCACCCAGCUGCGGAUGGGCAAGUUCGCGUCGUGUCCGUGAAGACGGCUACCGGAAUCCUGAAGCGACCGGCCGUCAAGGUAGCAGUAGUGGACGUGAAGCCCAAGGAGCAUCUACUCGUCGUGAAGCAACCGCCAUCCAAGACGACCAAGCGGGUGCUGGAAGAUGACGUGACUUUGAGGGAGGCCCCGUCAACCAAGCGGAUCAUCACAGCUGGCGACUGGAUAACCAGAUUGCUUGCGGACAAUUCAGAUCGCGAAUGA